GCCCUACCUUAACACGGACACGACACCUGCACCAGCUAACUGAGCACGCCUAGAAUCCACGCCAUCCAAUCAGGGGAAACGUCUCGACAGCAUCACUGACCAAUCUUACCGUUUGACCAGCCAAUCCCUGAAGAGUGUUUUCCUUUAUAAACCGGCCUCAUACGUCGUGUGAGGAAGAGUCCCGGGAUCACAGGACGCCGUGAGCUCUGCUGAGGUAAGACGACCACAUUUGAAGUUCUGAAUCUGUGUUUGUACUCUGGUGUUCGCUCUGAAGCGUUUAUGUGACGGUAAGAUGAUCUACACAUAAUCAGUCUUUGUUGGCGUGUCGAGAUGGUCAGGAAUAAUCUCAGCUAAUCCCAGACUCUGACUUUGUCCUGAAACGUUCCAGCGUCAGCCAUGAUCAACGCCACUCUGAGCCUCCAUGUUAACUCCACCACACCUGCUGUCCCUCAUGGACCCCCACCCUGGUACCAGUUCCCAGUCUGCGCUGUCGCUCCCUACGGUUUCAUUUUCUACUUCGGGGUCAAGGUGUUCAACCUGGCCAUCGGGACGCCGUGUAACAUCCUGGUCAUCUGGCAGAUCGCCUCGAAGAAAAGCGACACAUCCACUUCGGACAUCUUCAUCUUUAACCUGGCCAUCUUGGACGCCUACUUCUGUCUGAUGACGCCGAUAGAGAUGGCGAACCGGCUGCUGCUGGGGGACAGCCGCAUUUGGUACGCUCAGAGGUUUGCAUACGGGAUCAAGGAUGUGGCGCCACUGUUUCUCGUAAGUGUUUGAAUUGUUGAGCGUAAAGUAGAAGAACAGUGAGAUCUUCCACAGAGUCGGUUUCUGAUAAAGAAAAACCACAAAACAACGACGUUUGGGUAAAGCAAAGAUUCAAACUCGGUCCAGCUGUUUGUAAAUCUAGAUGAAGAAAAGGUCAUAAUUCUAACAGUGUCUUGAUUUGGGAAUCAUGUCACAGAUUUUUGGUUUUCCCGUAGAAACGACACUUUUCAGGAGUUCCAGCUCCUAGACCAGGGGUCGGCAACCCGCGGCUCUGGAGCCGCAUGCGGCUUUUUCUUCCCUAAGCUGCGGCUCCCAAUGGAUUUGGAAAAUAAAUAAUAAAUACUUAAUUGCAUUUUAUUUUAUUUUAUUAUUAUUAUUAUUAUUAUUUUGUAAUUCUAAAUUCAAAGAUUAUAAUGCUUUUGUAACAUUAAAUAAACUGUUUAGGCUGCAACAACGAAUCGAUUAAGUCGAUUCGUUGUGACGAAAAAAUCCUUUGCCAACAAAUUCUGUAAUCGAUUCGUCGGGUCUUUAUAUAUGUCCACAGACACCGGCGUGUAAACAUCAGCAGGACGCACAGAAAAGAAACAGCCAUGGCCGAGGCAGCGGCUGAGAAAAACAUGGACACAACCCAACCCAAAUCCCGACCUUAAACAUCAGUGGUGUGGGAAAACUUCACCAAGACUGAAAAGGAAGGCGUUCAGUGCAACAUUUCCAAAGACCGUUUUGCAUGGCUCGGGAGUACAUCGAUGAUGCGUGAGCACAGGGCUCUCAAGUCUCACGCAUUCAGCGUAUGACACGCGCAUUCCCACUCGUUCACACGCUCACACACCACACAUUGUAUUUCUCACGCAUUUAAAUGAACACGGUGAUGUCCACCAAGUUGCACUUCUUCAACUUUGGAACUGGAGGAAAUCAACUGAGUUCCUCAGAGAGUUCAGAAGCUGCGUGCCACGCACAAGCCAAUCAAAUAAAGUAUAUCUACUGAACAGCCAAUCAAAAAGCAGCAUUGCUGUAUCCGGGUAGAUUUUGAUAUCUUGCGGUUUAACUACAGAAGAAGACAGACACUCGCCGAAAUAGUUCAUUUAUUUCAUAAAUGCAACUCGCUACAGUUUUUUAUAUACUUUGUAUAAAGGAAAAAAAAAACAUAUAUGCAGUGUUAUCUUCAUUUUAGAUGUCAAAGAGGUUUUGUGGCUCCCUGUGUUUUCUUUUCUGUGGGAAACUGGUCCAAGUGGCUCUUUGAGUGUUUAAGGUUGCCGACCCCUGUCCUAAACCAUCGUUCCCAGUAUCAGUGAGGCGUGACUGGUGAGAACCCAACGAUGUCCCUCAGAUCAGAGUCUUAACAAAUGUUGUAGUUACUGUCUUCAGUUUUAUCCACGGUGAUAAGUCGUAGGCUCGACAUCACCUUCAGGUCUUGGAGGUGGUUCAGUCAUUAAAGUCAUGUCCCGGCUCAGAGUACGGACUGUAAAUCUUGGGUCACAUGGUCGAUGUUUAUCCGCUCUGCCAUGUUGAAAUGUGAAACUCUCCGAACACGAACUGAAACAGAUUUCUAAACCACAUUAGACAGAUUCCUCCAGAGUUAAUCUGGCGUAACACCCCGUCACUGAUCUGUUGUUCCAGGUGUGUAUCUGCCUCGACCGCUACAUGGCCGUGGUCCACCCCGUCGUGUUCAGCGGAAUACGAGACAACAAGAUCCGCAUCGGCGUUUCUGUGCUGGUCUGGGGCCUCAUCCUGGCUUACGGCUUCACCAAGUGCUUCCUUGGAGUCAUGAGCGUCAACGAGGUCUUCAGCGGCGUCAUCCUGUUCUCCUUCGCCGUCAUGGUCUUCUGCAACAUCUCCGUCAUCUGGGUGCUUCGGCGCUCUGUGGCAGGAAAGGAGGAGAUGCACCCGGUGAAGAAGAAAGCCUUAAAGAUGGUGCUGAUCAUCCUCGCCAUCAUUGUCUCCAACUACCUGCCGCCCGUGGCGCUCAUGCCCUUCGUGCCCUACUACACCUUUGUGCAGUUUCGCUGCCAGAUCAGCAUCAGCGUGUUCUCCAUCAUGGACCUGAGCUGCAGCAUCGAGCCGCUCCUCUACAUCACCAAGAUGGAGCAUUCGGGCUGCGGCUGCUGUGGACAGAGCGUCUCCAAGAAGCCUCAAGAUGUCAAGGUGUAA